AUGAGGCCCAGGUCAGGCCAGGUGGGCCAUGAGGACCCCAAGGGUCAGAGCUCUGUCCCCAGGAAGCCCUGGCCUCUAAUAGUGCUGGGCCUGGCCAUGGGAAUCCAUGGCCUGCUGCCCCCGAUGGCAGUGGCCCCCCACAAGGAAGCCCCGGCAGGAAGAAUCCCAUCCAGCCUGCGGAGACUGUGGGACAGUUCCCUGCUCCAUCCUGGCCCCCAGGGAACAGGCCCCAGGUGCUGGCCCAGCGGGUUUUGGUCCGAGUCUCAGUCACUGUGGUACGUCUUCGGCGGCGGGACCCAGCUCACCGUCCUAGGUCAGCCCAAGUCCACGCCCUCGGUCACUCUGUUCGCUCCCUCCACUGAGGAGCUCAGCGCCAACAAGGCCACCCUGGUGUGUCUCAUCAAUGACUUCUACCCGGGCAGCGUGAAGGUGGUCUGGAAGGCAGACGGCACCGCCAUCAGCAGGGGCGUGGAGACCAGUCAGCCCUCGAAACAGAGCAACAGCAAGUACGCGGCCAGCAGCUACCUGGCCCUGACGGCCAGCGAGUGGAAAUCUCACAAGAGCGUCAGCUGCCAGGUCACGCACGAGGGGAGCACCGUGGAGAAGACAGUGUCGCCCUCCGAGUGCCCUUAGGUCCUGGUCCCCCCACCCUCAGGGGACUGGAGCCACAGGACCCCUGGAGGGUCUACCCACCCACCCUGCUCCCCCCAGCCCUCCCUCCUGCACCCAAUCAACUCUCAAUAAAAU